AAAGAAAGCCCGAAGGAAAAAAAAACCUUAUCUUUAUCUUAUCCCCAUUCCCCAAUCCGACCUCCUAAUCCCCCGAGCGAGAGCGAGAGAAGGAAGGCGAACGAAGAUGCUGCUGGGCUCCUCCUUCGCGUCGCCGUUCACCCAGCUGCACCUCUCGCCGAGCCCCAAUGCGGGGGCGCGGCCGGCGGGGGCGGGGCUGGUGCUGCGGAUCGAGGCGGCGAAGCAGCUGACGGGGCGGGUGGUGACGACCAAGGCGAACAAGACGGUGGGGGUGGAGGUGGCGCGGCUGAGGCAGCACCCAAAGUACCACCGGCGGGAGAAGAUCAAGAAGAAGUACCAGGCGCACGACCCCGACAACCAGUUCAAGGUCGGCGACGUCGUCGAGCUCGUCCGCUCCCGCCCCAUCUCCAAGACCAAGCACUUCCUCGCCGUCCCCGUCCCGCCCCGCGACACCCGCCGCAAGGCCCAGCUCCUCCCGCCCCUCGAGUCCCAGUCCGCCGAAGACUCCGCCGCCGCCGCCGCCGAAGAGGCCGCCGCCUAGUGAUGCAGCCUGCUUUUGCUUUCCCCCCGUUCUACUCUCUGUUAAUUAAUCGUCGUUCCCUUUGCUGCUAUUGCUGUUGUUCUUGCUCCCCUGUAGACUGAAUGAACUGCGAUAUUAUUCAGUACCACUCGGCUCUAAAAUUUGUACUUUUUUUUUCUUCCUGCAGCAAGGAUUUAUUGUGUACUAUACUUGGUUGCAUUUUUGAGCAUUAUCUGUUGUUAUAA